AUGAUAGCGCUGUUGCACGAUCACGGCCUGGUGCUAGAGGCUUGCGAUGUAGACGGCCGCACGCCACUCCAUCUCGCUUCCGAGCAUGGUCGCAUGGAGGCGUCAAUGAGCCGAAGCCGGGGCCGAAGCCGGGGCCGAGGCCGAGGGCGAGGCCGCGGUGCAAAAGGAUCCCGAGGCAGCGAUGACAUUGGGUCCCCCAAGAUCAAGAGAAGCAAAACGGUGGAGCAAACAUACCAGAAGAAGACGCAGGUGGAACACAUCCUCCUUCGUCCCGACACUUAUGUUGGCUCCAUAGAACACCAGGAUGAAUCGGCGUGGGUCUGGAACGACAAGAAGGGUCAAAUGGAGCACAGGGACAUCAGCUACGUGCCGGCACUGUACAAAAUCUUCGACGAGAUCCUUGUCAAUGCAGCUGACAACCUGCAGAGGGAUUCCAAGAUGAAGGCGAUCAAGGUCGACAUUGACCGGUCCAAAGGAAGGAUCAAAGUGUGGAAUGAUGGAAAGGGAAUUCCCAUACAGCUGCACAAGAAGUACAAGGUUUUCGUUCCGGAGCUGGUUUUUGGCCAUCUGCUCACCAGCGACAACUACGAUGAUUCCGAACGCAAGGUUACUGGAGGUCGCAACGGCUAUGGAGCAAAGCUUACCAACGUUUUUAGCCGGAAGCUCGUCAUUGAGACGGCAGGCAGCGGCAAGAAGUACAAGCAGGAAUGGACUGCCAACAUGAGUAAGAAGGGCAAGCCGCAGGUUACCAAGGGGUCUGCAACAUCCUACACCUCGGUGGAAUUCUGGCCAGACCUCGCCAAGUUCGGCAUGAAGGAGCUUGAGGCCGACACAGUCGCCCUCAUGAUGCGCAGAGUCUAUGACAUCGGAGGAACCAGCGGAGACCGAUGUUCUGUGUACUUGAAUGGCAGGAAGUUGGCAGUCAAGAACUUUGUGGACUACUGCCAGCAGUUCCAUGGUGAGGACGGCUAUGCCUAUGCACAGCUCAACAAACGCUGGCAGGUACUGGUUGCUCGCUCUGAUGGUGAUGGCUUUGCGCAGAACUCCUUCGUGAACGCAAUCAGCACCCCCAAAGGGGGAACGCAUGUCAACUACAUUCUGGACCAGCUGGUGGACGCAAUUGCGAGCAAGGCCUCAAAACAGGCAGGCAAGGGAGUCGAGAUCAAGCGAGUGCACGUGAAGAGCCAUCUGUGGUUGUUCAUCAACUGCCUGAUUGAGAACCCCGCCUUCAGUUCGCAGACCAAGGAGCAGAUGACACUGAAGGCUUCCAUGUUCGGCAGCCACUGCAGUCUGCCCCGCGCUUUCAUUGAUGAGGUGCUGAGCAACACGGGCAUUGUAGAUGCGGUCAUCUCUGAGGCCCAAUCCAAAAUGACUCUCCAGAUGGACAAGAGCAUCUCCAAGGCGAGUCAUGGAAAGCGAGUGCUGGGAGUUCCUAAGCUGGAAGAUGCAAAUGAAGCAGGCGGCAGGCUGUCGAAGGAGUGCACGCUGAUUUUGACCGAAGGGGACAGUGCCAAAGCACUUGCUGUGGCGGGUCUGGCUGUCCUUGGUCGUGACAAGUAUGGCGUCUUCCCCUUGCGUGGCAAACUGCUGAAUGUGCGCGAGAUCAACCAGAAAACGCUAGCUGAAAACAAGGAGGCAAUGAACAUCGUCAAGAUCCUCGGACUGUCCUUCGACAAGAAGAAAGUACAUAACCUUCGCUAUGGGAAGGUGAUGAUCAUGGCAGACCAGGAUUACGAUGGCUCGCACAUCAAGGGUCUCCUGAUCAAUUUUUUUCACUAUUUUUGGCCCGACUUGCUCCGAAGCAACAAGGGCUUUCUGCAGCAGUUCGUCACUCCGAUUGUCAAGGCAACCAAGGAUGGAACAGUCCUGCAGUUCUUUACAAUGGUUGAGUACGAGAAGUGGAAGCAAAAGACAAAAGAUGGUGCUGGCUGGAAGAUCAAGUACUACAAAGGCUUGGGAACCAGCACCGCAGCUGAAGCCAAAGAAUAUUUUGGGAACAUCCACGACCAUCGCAUUGAUUUCAAGUGGAAGGGCGCAAGCGAGAACAAGUUGAUCGACAUGGCAUUUAACAAAGGACGCUCCAACGAUCGGAAGUCUUGGAUGAACAAGUACAAGGAGGGAACAUUUCUGGACCACUCCAAGUCGGCCGUGUCUUAUGAAGACUUUGUCAACAAAGAGCUGGUGCAGUUCUCUCGUUACGACUUGAUGAGAAGCGUUCCUUCCGUCAUGGAUGGCCUGAAGCCUACACAGCGCAAGGUCCUGUACUGCUGCUUCAAGCGCAACCUUCGAUCUGAUGUCAAGGUGGCGCAGCUGGUGGGGUAUGUGGGUGAGCACAGUGCGUACCACCAUGGAGAAGCAUCCCUCGCCGGGACAAUAGUGUCCAUGGCGCAGGACUUCGUUGGAUCCAACAACUUGAACUUGCUGGUUCCCUCUGGACAAUUUGGGACGCGAGCACAGGGUGGAAAGGAUGCCGCAAGUGCACGCUACAUCUACACGAGAUUGGCGACCAUUGCCCGCUUGCUGUUCAAUCCUCUCGAUGAUCCAAUCCUAGACUACCAGGUGGAAGAAGGACAAAAGAUAGAGCCAGUUUGGUAUGCGCCGAUCAUUCCUUUGAUCCUGGUAAACGGUACGGAGGGCAUCGGAACUGGAUGGAGCACGUCAGUCCCAAACUACAACCCGCUGGACAUCAUUGCCAACAUGCGGCAGUUCAUCAAGAAAAAGCCAAUGCGAAGCAUGCAGCCAUGGUAUCGAGGAUUUACCGGCACGAUCAGACCGUCCGGAGAGUCCGGCAAAUACGACUGCCAUGGUGCGUACACGCAGACAAGCAGCACCAUCCUGCAGAUAACGGAGCUGCCGCUGCGGAAGUGGACGCAGGACUACAAGGAGUUUCUGCAAGGCAACAUGCCCGGUGGGGAUCACAAGAAGACAAAGCUGAACAUCUACGAUGUCAGGGAAUACCACACGGACAGAAGCGUUCAUUUUGUUGUUCGCAUGGACGGCAGCAAGCUCAAGGAUGCAGAGAAGAAAGAGGGCAUCGAAGCGGUCAUGCGUUUGAAGAGCAACAUUAGCGAGACCAACAUGGUGCUCUUCGACAGCGAGGGUCGCAUCAAGAAGUACAAGGCUGCAAAGGACAUCAUGCAGGAGUUUGCGAAAGUACGCUUGAAGAUGUAUGAGGUGCGCAAGAAGUACUUGAUCCAGAAGCUUACUCUCGAGAAGGAGCUGCUCGGAAAUCGUGCUCGAUUUAUUGCCAUGAUCAUUGCCAAGAAGCUGCACGUGAACAACCGAAAGAAGGCAGACGUCGUCAAAGACCUUGUGAAGUUUAAGUUCCGAAGAUUUGGUGACACCACCGCGCCAAGGACAGGCUACGAGUACCUUCUAGGCAUGCAGAUCCUGACGCUCACGCUGGAAAGAAAACUUGAACUCGAGAAGCUCCACAAAUGGAAAAGCGACGAGCUGGCCCUGACCACGAAAACAUCGAUCCAGCAAAUGUGGAGCAUGGACUUGGACAAGCUGGAAGAAGCGAUCCGACAGAUGUACCAGAAGGACGAAGCUGAACGAGCGGCUCGUUCUGGGCAGAAAAGGAAAGCUGGCUUGUCAUCCGGAGAUGGCGAGGCCUCCCUGAAGCGGCCCUCCGCCUCGACAAAGCUGUGGAAGGGUGCCAAGGGCCGUGGAGGCCGUGGAGGCCGUGGAGGCGGGCGAGGACGCGGUCGCAAAGGACGCGGCCGAGGAGGACCGGAGCAGGAGGAAGAUGAGGAGGAGGAAGAAGAAGCCGAGGAGGCUCCAGUCAAUGAAGCCACAGAGCAGCUCUUCGGGGAUGUUGGGCGCUGGACUGCUGGCCUGCUGAAGGCUCCUGGGGGCGUCGGCGGCCGAAAGCGCCGGAAGGGUGUCUGA